AUGUCUGGUUUCCAGUGGAUUAGUCUCAGUUUGUUACUGAAACCCGUGAUGAUGGAACUUAAUAGGAGUUUAACGAGGAAAGAUCACACGAUUCGGAUUCUCGUUUGUUUAAUGCAAAUAUUGCACCUGACAUCGGCCGUCAUAUUGGGCAGUUGUCCGACGUUAAGCAGCGAUGUUUCCAUGACACAAAAGGAACUUUUGCAAGAAUUAACGAACGAGUGCCGUUACGAUAAAAUGGACAGACCUUCCGGCGAGGCGAACGCCACGGAUCCGAUUAAAGUAUACAUCCGAGCUUACAUCUACACGAUUAACUCAAACAUGGCAAAAACACUGCAAUUUGAUGUACACAUGAUGUUGCAAUUUAGAUACUCGGACAGUAGGCUAAAAUUCUCCAAUAUUGCUCCGUAUUUAAACCAAAUAUACGGUGGACAGUCGGCCCACGAUUUAAUAUGGACGCCAUCGGUCUACGUUUCGAAUGAACGCAGUUCAGCCAUAAUGGGGAACAGUGUUAAGGAUUUACUUGUCUCUGUAGAUCCCACUGGAAUGGUUAUACUGAACACCAGGUUACAAGUCACUCUUAAUUGCGGUCUCCGGUUGGAAAAGUUUCCGUUCGACGUGCAGGAAUGUCCGCUAAUAUUCGAAAGCUGGACGUACAAUGUGCAUGACAUGGUGCUGUUAUGGGACCAAGAACCAAUAAUACUAGCAGAUGAAUUGCACUUAACUGAAUACAAGCUAGUCGACAAAUGGGUGAACACGUCGGAGGUGUUUUACACCACGUCCCAGCAGCAUUACGGUCAUUUUGCGGGUAACUUCAGUUCAAUUAGCAUCACGUUCAAGCUUGCCCGUGAAAUGGGAUUCUUCAUGAUGGACUACUAUAUACCGUCUAUAUUGAUAGUCGUUAUCUCUUGGGUAUCCUUCUGGUUGCAUAUGGACGCGAGUCCGCCACGAAUUGUUCUGGGAACAAAUACUAUUUUAACAUUUAUGACUCUCGCGUCGAAGGUGGCGAAUUCAUUGCCGAAAGUUUCGUACAUAAAAGCCAGUGAAAUCUGGUUCUUAGGCUGCACUAUAUUUCUAUUCGCAGCGAUGGUGGAGUUCGCUUUUGUCAAUACGAUCUACAGACGAAAGAAGAAUGUGCCGUUAAAGAAAGUGAACAGUAAAUACAUCUUGAAAUCAACGUUGACGCCAAAACUGGCACGGAAACAGUUCCAAAAGAAUGCUACGGGUUUGGAACGAUCGCGUUCUUGGUCGUCGCUUGACAAGGCGAACAGCGUCGAACAAGAUUACACGAGUCAAAAUUACCUCACCGUACACAGUUUUCCAAGUAAUCUAAACAUUCCUUCCGUGAAAAUCGACGACGAGAAGGACCAAAAAUGUUCUGUAGAAAGCAUCAUGAGUGUGGACAUCACAUCAUCAUCGAAACCAUUCUCCAGAAGAGCAACUCUAGCCCAGUUACAUAAUUUUACAACAAUGACACCGCAAGAAAUUGCACAAUGGAUCGACAGACGUAGCAGAAUUGUAUUCCCUGUUGCUUUCAUCAUAUUCAACAUCUUUUAUUGGUCCUUUAUCUGGAUAUAA